GAUCAGGCUAAAACCGAGCUUCCGAGCGCUGAUAAAUUGCCUCAGGCUCUCCUUCGUGAGGACUUUCGCUGCAGUUCAGCCAUGCGCUUCCAUCAAUCCGCGCUAGUGAUAAAGAAAAGCGAGAGAUUGCGAAGCGGGAUGCACUGACAGAUGAAUGAUCUCUCCGAACCAACCCACCAUCCACGAGCAUGGCAAACACGACGUCGACGCCAGACCCCUUGGACACCUUCGGCCUGGUUCCCACCGCAGUCGGUGCUGUUCAUGGCGCAGCAUUGAAUGCCGCUUUCUUCUCCUUCGACGUGUGCCUGGCCACCACAUUCGUCCUCUUCUCCACACCCACUGAGCGCCGCUCCGCCAUUUUCUGGCUGCAUAUCUUCUCCUUUGGCUGUGCAGGCGCCUUCUUCUUCAUCCAGAUAGGCACUCAGCCCUCGCAGAUAUUUUUGACCGCAUCGCAGAAACCAGAUGGCGACUAUGAUCUGGGCAUAUCCUUGGACCUAGCCAGGUGGAAUGCCGCGUCCUUCUUUUUUCUUCUUUUUGCCCCAUUGGUGGCUGAUUCGAGCCUCUUCUUCAAGUUGAACGCAAUCUACCCAUCGUGGGCUACGUCACGAGUAAAGCAGUGUCUCGUGCUGGGGCCUUUCAUCGUCGCCCUCAUCGUUCGUCUCAUCCUCUCGUUCUUGACAAUCUGGUACAGCGUCGGCCUAAUAACACCCAAGAUUGAGAGUGGCGGAUCGAUCAAUGAUGUGUACGGUGAGACGCACGUCUUCGAAAUCCUCCGCGCUUUGGACAUUGGGUUGCAGUUCCUUUCCUGUGCAUACGUCUCGGCUUUGAUUCUUCUUCGUGCCCACCGUUUUCGCAAGCAAAGACGUGCAAGAAGCCGGCACCAGGAACUCGUCGGCGGGGACAGACCGUGGCGCAAGUUGAACCAUCUCAUCGAGUCGAUUCUCAUGAGUUUCGUACCACCGCUUCUCUGCCAAGUCAUGAUCGUAGUCAGUCUGGCAAGUAUCGAUUAUUUGGCCGCGACGGCAAUCCAGACGUAUGCAGGGACUGCAAACGUCUUUCUCUCCGCCCUCUUCGCUGUCCUCGCCACCACAUGGUCGACCGUUCGCGAUGCUAUACCACGUCGUUCCUCCUCAACGCGAGACUCUUCGACAUCGUCUCACUACCAAACGAGUCACAACAGAACAGUGGUGGAAAGGUCCAUCAUCAGCAACUUUCUCGAGCGUAACAGCGGCGUGGACGAUGAUGACGAGGAGGAAAUGGAGUUCGUUGGUACAACGCCGUCAAUUACCGACGAAGGGGUAUCAACACCGCCCCUGCCCCUAAAGGGCACCUCGCAAUGGCGCACGCACCUAUUUGGGCCGCUGGGGUCCAAGCAGCCGUCUUCUUCUUCUUCGUAGCUUCUUUCCUCUUCCUCUGUGAUCUAUACCCUGCGGCAAUUCUCCUGUCCAACAUCUCUGUAUUAAUAAAAG